CGUCUUAAAAUGUAGACGUCUACAUUUUGAGACACUAUUUGGAACGAACUGUGAACACCCCAAAUAUUUCUGGUGUAAGCUAUUUCAUUGCACAUCAUGUCUUCUAUAAGUCAUCCGCAACAUAAGUGUAAUCACGAAGAGAACAGAUUUAAAGUGUGCGCGCCUUGUGGGAGAAAGAUUAAAUUCGGAUCGUCAAAACCUUCAGAAUUUAAUAUAACCGGAAAAUUGGAGUGUCUUAUUAAAAAAUACGUUAGUGAAAAUUUUAGAUUGACCAAUUCGAAGUUCCCAUUAGGCAUUUGUGGUACAUGUCGUAGGGUUCUCUGUGACCGAGAUAAGGAUAUACCAAAUGCAACGCGGCCUCUUCCAAACAUGUCUAACUAUGAAGAUUCGACAAAAGAAACAAGAACAACUUCAUGCUCUUGUUAUAUCUGGCUCACUGCUCGGGCAACCAGCCAUCCAAAAGUUAUACAAGGGAGAGCACAUACCUUAAAUGUAUUGAGUGAAAAAAACUCCACCAAUGGGUUGACUGCUUUGUCAGUUGGGUCAGAAUUAAAAAAUCAUGCAACGACAGCUUCGGAAUGUGGUCGAAGCAAGCUGAAGAAUCCAUUCAUGGCGUAUUUUUAAGAUUUUGGCUCAAUUAUAAAGUUAAUUCGAUUGACGACCCUAAAUAUAUAAUCAAUUAAAAAAAAACUGUCGUUGAAUUUUCAU